UGGAUACGAGCUUUAUGUAGUGCUUCUUUAGCGUCCCUUAUUAAUGUUGUGGAAUAUAGUGGCUUCUACAGUAAUUAUUGUUAUUAAACGUAUCUUCUCCGUAUUUUAACUGUUUAAUAAAGACGACUAAAAUGUCAGGAGUACCAGUAACAAUUAGAAAUUGCAUCAAUCAACUCUUCAAAAGGCCACAAGAUUUUUCUCAAAUCAGAAACCUAACAGUUCUUAGCAAAUCACAAGAAAUGCCACCAAACGUGCGUGAAUUUGUUGAAGAAUAUGUCGCACUAUGCAAGCCAAAAGAGGUUUACAUUUGUGAUGGAAGUGAAACUGAAAAUAGUAUUCUUCUUAAUAAACUUCAGAAACAAGGAACAAUAAUCCCAUUGCCCAAAUAUGAAAACUGCUGGUUAGCCAGAACUAAUCCAGCAGAUACUGCUCGAGUUGAAUCAAAAACAUUUAUAUGUACUAACAAAAAGUCAGAUGCUAUUCCCACUCCCAAGGAAGGAAUAAAGGGCACUUUAGGAAACUGGAUGUCCCCAGAACAGAUGGACAAAAUAGUUAGGGAACGAUUUGAUGGAGUCAUGAAAGGAAGAACUUUAUAUGUUAUUCCAUUUUCCAUGGGGCCUAUUGGUUCCCCUUUAUCUAAAGUGGGUGUAGAAUUAACGGAUUCUCCAUAUGUUGUUGCUUCGAUGAGAAUUAUGACAAGAAUUGGCAAACCUGUGCUAAAUUUGCUCUCAGAUAACAGAAACUUCGUAAAAUGUCUUCAUUCUGUAGGAAAACUAGCAAACAAAAUCGAUGAUGUUCCAAGUUGGCCUUGCGAUCCCGAAAGAACUAUAAUUUUGCACAAGCCAGCCACCAAUGAAAUAGUUUCCUAUGGUAGUGGAUAUGGAGGAAAUUCCCUGUUAGGAAAAAAAUGUUUUGCAUUGAGAAUUGGGUCCGCAAUAGCUCGAUCCGAAGGAUGGCUUGCAGAACACAUGCUAAUAUUGGGUAUAACAGAUCCUAAAGGAAAAAAGAGAUACAUAGCAGCUGCUUUUCCCUCAGCAUGUGGAAAAACUAAUUUGGCCAUGAUGACACCGACUCUUCCGGGAUACAAAGUGGAAUGUGUUGGAGAUGAUAUUGCUUGGAUGAGAUUUGAUACGGAUGGUCAGCUGUGGGCUAUUAAUCCAGAAAAUGGAUUCUUUGGAGUAGCUCCAGGAACUUCAACAGCGAGUAACCCAAUUGCAAUGAAAACGAUCUUCGAGAAUACUAUAUUUACUAAUGUUGCGUAUACAAGUGAUGGCGGAGUUUUCUGGGAAGGAUUAGAAAAAGAAACCGACCCUUCAAUUCAAAUUACAGAUUGGGUAGGAAAACCAUGGAAAAUAGGAAAUGUAAAACCAGCAGCUCAUCCAAAUUCAAGAUUUUGUACCCCUGCAAAACAAUGUCCCAUAAUAGAUCCCCAGUGGGAAUCUCCCAAAGGAGUACCAAUUUCCGCAAUACUUUUUGGAGGUCGAAGACCUCAAGGUGUACCACUAGUAUAUGAAGCAAAAAAUUGGCAGCAUGGAGUUUUCAUAGGAGCCGCAAUGAGGAGUGAAGCAACUGCUGCAGCGGAAUACAAGGGAAAAGUUAUCAUGCAUGAUCCAUUUGCGAUGCGACCAUUCUUUGGAUAUAACUUUGGAAAGUAUUUAGAUCAUUGGUUAAGUUUGGAAAACUCAAAUAGAUCAAUGCCUAAAAUAUUCCAUGUGAAUUGGUUUAGAAAAGACCAGAAUGGAAAUUUCUUGUGGCCUGGAUUUGGUGAAAACUCCAGAGUACUUGACUGGAUUUUGAGAAGGAUAGACAACGAAGACUGCGCUCAAGAAACACCGAUUGGAUUAAUACCUAAAAAAGAUUCCCUAAAUUUAGAUGGCUUGAAAAGUAAAGUCAAUACAAAAGAACUGUUCUAUUUACCGAAAGACUUUUGGGCAAAUGAAGUAAACGAAAUUGAAAAGUACUUUGAUGAACAAGUUAAUGAAGAUCUGCCUGAAAAAGUUAAAAGAGAGUUAGAAGCUCUGAGGAAGCGAAUCAGUGAAAUGUGAAACUGUUAAGUGUGAUAUUUUUCUUCAUGAACAGUGAUAAAUAUAUAAUCCCUAUAUGCAUAUUCUCCUUUGACAAAAAUGAACUCAUCAAAUCAUAAUGUUCGCCUUUACGACUUAUUUUGAAGAUUUACAUAGACUAGAUUAUAUUUAUUUUACCAUUCAAACUUUUUCACGCAAAUAUACCUAUUCUUAUGGUCCGCGUGAACCGAGUGUCAUGUCGUCCCGCAUUCUUCUUUAAAUGAAUAUCCUGAUCUUUCAUUUGAAGCAUAUAUGGUACAUGUAUUUCCGAAUUAAGCAAACAGGUAUAAAACAAUAAACUUCGUUGAAAUACUAAGAUAAUUAAUUUUUAUCGUCAUUAUAUCAGUAUGUUUACACAAUUCCUCCCAGAUCAAUAUCACAAGGUCGUCAAUCCAAAAAUUGUUAAACACAUACCUCAACUCCUUCCUAUCCUGAGUUAAUACUUGCAUUUGCCAUGUACAAGUAGAACAUCCCCGUACCUGUUUUUCUAAACAACACGUAAUCUAGCCUAGGCCUUUCUCUGACCCUCUUUACUCUUGUUUCUGGUUCAACAGUCUCUAACUAGUCCUCUAAGUAGUCAUGUAUCAGAAGGUGUCCUACGAGAUAAUGUCCGUAUAAAGCCUUAGAUACACAACUGAGUAGAAUAUCUUUAAAUAUUGUUAAUUUUGUU